UCAUUAUGCAAUUAAAAAACCAACAAUACAAAAAAAUUUGGCAGCAAAAAAUAACCAAAAAUCCACCCAAAUUUCUUGCAAAAAAAUUUCAACGAUUCUAAAGACUGCUUCAAAAUCACACGAUAUCGACUCCAACGGCGAUUUCAACAACAACUCCAAUGGCGAUUUCAACAAUGACUUCAGCAGCGAUUUCGACAACGACUCUAGCGAGGAAAUCAAAGAUAAAGGGAAAGAAAAAAGAAAAAGAAUAAAUGAAAGAAAAAGAAAGAACGAAAGAAGAAAGAAAGAAAAAAGAAAUAACAAAAAGAAAAUAGAAGAAAAAGGGAAAAUCAAAAGAAAACAAGAAAACAAAGAAUAG